AGCUGAAUCCAAUGUUUCUUCUUAUGGACUCCUUAGCAUUUGACUAGAAGGUAUGAAUUUCUAAGUAAGGGCAAGUAGAAGAGAACCCAUAAAGGACUAAGAAGGAACAGCAGUGAGGAAGGAAAAACUAGGAGAGUCUGAUGUUCCAGAAACCAAGAGAAGACUCUUAACAAAGGAAGUAUGACUAAUAUGUCCUGCACAAGACAUGAAGGCACAGAGAGUGCUGUCUGUCUUCCUCAUUCUCACAUCAUCUCUGAGUGGAUUUCAAGACACUUUCAUUUUGGCUUUCUUUGGUAAUAUUUAUAUGAAUGAACUAACCGUCAUUGGAAGACUUGAUGAAGAUGUAAUCCUCCCUUCGUCGUUUGAGAGUGGAUCUGAAGUGAUAAUACACUGGAAGUAUCAAGAUAGAUACAGUGUUCACAGUUACUUCAAAGGCAGUGAUCAUUUGGGAAACCAAGAUCCCAGAUAUGCAAACAGGACCUCCCUUUUCUAUAAUGAGAUUCAAAAUGGGAAUGCAUCUCUAUUAUUCAGAAGAUUAAGCCUUCUGGAUGAAGGAAUUUAUACCUGCUAUGUAGGAACAAAAAUUCAAAGCAUUACAAACAAAGUGGUGCUAAAGGUGGGAGUUUUUCUCACACCCGUGAUGAAGUAUGAAAAGAAGAACACAAACAGCUUCUUAAUAUGCAGCGUGUUAAGUGUUUAUCCUCGUCCAGUUAUCACGUGGAAAAUGGACAACACACCUAUCCCUGAAAACAAUAUGGAAGAAACAGGGUCUUUGGGCUCUUUUUCUAUUAACAGCAUACUGGAUGUUACAGGAUCACAUUCAUCUUAUGAAUGUACGAUCAAAAAUUCACUGCUGAGCCAAACAUGGACAGGGCGCUGGACAAUGAAAGAUGGCCUUCAUAAAACACAAAGUGAAAACGUUUCACUCUCAUGUCAGCUUGUAAAUGAUUAUUUUUCACCAAACCAAGACUUCAAAGUUACUUGGUCCAGAGUGGAAAAUGGGACUUUCUCUGUCCUUGCUUGCUAUCUGAGCUCCUCACAGAAUACAACUAUCAAUGAACCCCGAUUCUCAUGGAACAAAGAGCUGAUAAACCAGGGUGACUUCUCUAUGAAUUUGAUGCAUCUUCAUCUUUCAGACAGUGGGGAAUAUUUAUGCGAUAUUUCUUCAGAUGAAUAUACUUUACUCACCAUCCACACAGUACAUGUAGAAUCAAGCCAAGAAACAGCUUCCUGUGACAAAGGUUUACAGAUUUUGGUGUACUGUCUGAUUCUGGCAGUUCCUGUAGCUCUUCUGAUUUCGGCAGCUAUUUGGAUUUAUCGGGUAAAACAUUGCAGAGAAAGAGAUCCUGUCUGUGCUGAUGGGAGAGCUACCAAUGCAUCUGGUAAUGAAAAUGAAAGCAUGCCUCUUUCAGAAUGUCCAGCCAGUACAGGAAAUGAGACAGGACAAGACCGUGACAACUCAUGACAAGCAUCCUCAAUAUCCAGUGACUUCAUCUCCCCUUUCUUCACUGCAGUUCCAGGCAAUGGCCUGUCAGACUGGAGAAUUCUACCACUGCAAAGACUCGUAACCGUUUUCUAGUAUCAGAUUUACUUUUCAAGACAUAAGGAUCAUUCACUGACCCACUACCUGCAUUGAGUAUAAAUGCCUGGAUAUUAAGGAUUCCAAUUUAACUUCGCAAAGAGCUGUCUUAUUCAUUUACAUUCACAUUGCAGUCAGCCCAGGAGGUUACAGUGAGCUCUCCACUAAGAAUCUGGAAGAAAUGCAUCGCUAGGCUGAUUCCCAAUAUGAUCAACUGAUAAUGGGUGAGAGAGCAGGUAAGAGCAGAAGUCACCUGAGUGGAAAGGUUAAAAAGUUUUCUAGAAGCUGGAAACCAAGACGAUUGAUUUGACAAGGUAUUUUAGUCUAGUUUUAUAUGAAUGGUUAUAUCAGGGUAACCAAUUAGAUUUAGGAUGAGUCUUAGGGAUGCCAAAGAGUAAAACUGUCUGUAUCUUUAAGAUUGCUAAGGAAAAGGGCCCUAUAACACAAGAAUUGACAUCUCUGAAGUUGGUUACAACUGACCACACCAGGCUCGUAGAGUUGAGUGACUAGCUAUGAAGAUAAUGUGAACUCUUCUAGCUCAAUUGGCAUCUUGCUAACCAACCUUCUAAUAAAUUUAGGUUUUCAUAAAAUUUUUAAGCAAGAGAAGAAGGGAAAGCUCAGCUAACUUGAUCUGUUUCCCUUCAUUUUAGUCAUCAAUUUAUAUAAAAGGAACAGUCUAAUGUUCAUGCUUGUGAACUUGUCACUAUAACCAGGCUUUUGUAUGACUUAAUUGAUCAAGGUUUUCACUCUAUAAGGAAAGCAAAUUCUGAAUUGUGAUGUAACUGCCACCUGGUCCUGGUCCAAUUUUCUUUAUCAUCUGAUCUCUGUUUCACAAUCCUAUACCUUGUACGUAGUUAACUCUGUUUUUGCUACAGUGUUGUGAUGGGUUACCACAAAUAGCAAAGUAUUAAGAAAGCCAGUCAGAAUGAUGAUUAUUAAAAAAUCAAAAAACAAUAGCUGUUGGCAAGGCUGUGAAGAACUAGGAA